AUGGUGGCUAUGAAGACCUGCUCUCUGCUGCUGGUGCUCCUCUUCCUGGCGGUCGGGCUGGGAGAAAAAGAAGAGGUUCAGUUCAGAUCCCAUGGUAAAUUUGGUAGCCCCGGGCCUCGGGACCGGAGGUAUGCAGAGGGGACUAUCAUCAGCGAUUACAGAAUUAUCCUGGACAAGAUCCGCCAACAAGAGUUUGUGAACUGGCUGCUGGCCCAGAAGGGGAAGAAGAAUGACUGGAAACACAACAUCACCCAGAGAGACGCCCAAGGCUUGAAGCUGGCAGGACAAUCUCAAAGAGAUGAGGAGACAGAGGGACAGCAGAGCUCCUUGCCCAAGAACUCCAGUGACGUAGAUGUGCCGAAGGACUUGCUGUUUCAAGAGCUGCUGGCCUGGGUGGUGGACCAAAUAGAGCUCUGCCAGCUCAGGUGGGGAGCAUGA